UGUGUAAAUGCUGUGAGCUGUGAUUGCUUAUAUAAAGACAACUGGUUGGAUUGUAAUUGUAAACCACUAAAGGCUUUUCUAUGUCCCUCAGGUCUGUCCACAUAGUGGCCCUGGGUAGCGAGUGUCCUGGGGGCGUCGGGCCUGGGGAUGAGACGGCCGGCCCGGGACAGUUCCAAGGUGGCUUGUUGUGGAGUUACCUGGGCCACGGAGCUCGGGAAUUGGAUCCAAACUCGGUGACGCCAUCAAGGCUUCCCUUGAACCCUGCGUUUAUGGAGUACCAGUCUAGAGUGUUCGGGGAUGUCAGAGUGAUGGUGCGGGAUUGUCCUAGUUGGGACCUUUUGGAUAGCGACUGGGCGAGCGUGCGGAGUGUUGUGGAGCAGGCCGACAUUGUGGUCAUUAAGUACUCGGUCAACGACAAACUGGCCUUUCAGCAGGUCCGAAACGUCUACGCCCCAAGACUUCGCCCUCUUCUUCGGCACUGGGGUGUUCCUGUGAUUCUGGUAGCCGUGGGGGCGAGGCUAAAUGACGAAGGCCCGCCGUGCACAUGUCCACUGUGUGCAUCCGACUGGAGCAGCUGUGUGCCCCACAGUGAGGGGCUCCAGCUGUCCAGGGACCUGGGGGCCACUUACCUGGAGCUGCCAUCUCUAAACAACUUUUUUGUGGGUCGUUACUUUGGCAGUGUGCUGGAAUACUUCAUGAUUCAGUGUCUGAAGCAGAAAGCCAAAGAACGGCCAGACAAACGGCGGGGUCACAGGUUUAACGAGCCCCGCCCCCCUCAUUUGGACCAGCCAGCGCGUCUUCCCCCGGUGAGAGUGGAGGAGUCCACCUUCUCUCAGGACUUGCAGUGGCUCCUCGAACGCGGCGUUCAGUUUGCUGAUGUGGCAUUCUACGCCGGGGACUCUGGGAAGGAGCUGGGCUGGGCGCACGCGUCCGUUCUGUGUGCCAUCAGCCCAUACUUCAGACAGCUGCUGGUGGGACGGCAGGCCUGGGAAAGGCCUGUGUCGCGCUGCACGUGCAGGGACAGAGACGGCCCCCACUCACUUUUGUCCACCUGGGAUGGAGGCAUAGAUGAUCUACCCAGAGCAGACGGACACCCUCCCGGACACCUCUCACGGCUGGUUGUGAAGGACCCACUACUCUGUUUAUGCCUGUGGGAGACGUUAAUGUUUCUUUACAGAGGGGCCUGGGAAUGGGAAUACUUGGAGGAAGCCAUUGCUGAAAAACUGAAGAACCCUUUGGCCGUGGCCCAGCUGAUGGACAGGAUACGCUCAUUCGUUGGGAGAGAAAAGUGCUGUGUGUCUGUGUGUUCAGCCAGUGUGCUGCAGGCCAUGGCCGUGCUCGUCUGCGCAGAGAUGUACCAAGUGAAACGGCUGCAGCACCUGUGUGAGGUGUGUGUCUGCGCGUAUCUUCAGAGUAUGCCCAGUCGAGAGCUAGCGUCUAUGGGCAUCAGCGUGAUUCGCUUACUGAAGAAAGCAAAGUGUCACAACGCUGACCAGCUAUAUGUCUGGCUCCUCCAUUUCAUUGCCAAUAACUACCUGAUCUUCAGCCACAAGCCUGACUUCCUGGAGCUAUCAGACGAGGAGCGCGAGCAGGUGGAGCGACUGCGUUGGCCCUCCAGAGGUUACCUACAGGAGCUCAGCGAGUACCAGCAACGCAGGCGGCAGAUCCGCAAGUCUCGCUGCAGCAUCAUGUGACCCCUUCUUGACGCC